UCCAUUUUUUUUUUUUUUUACAAGAUGGCGUCAACGCAGUUAACGGACGAGGAGAUUUUCUCGGAACUAAAGCGCUUUGGUUUCACUCCAGGUCCGGUUACCGAAAACACUCGUCCGGUAUAUUUAAAGAAAUUGAAGAAACUUCGCGAAGAGCAGCAGCAGAGAGGUUCCAGACCGGGUAAAACCCGAAGCAGCGGGUCUAUCAACAGCACCACAGGCGACGGCGGCGCCGCGGCAUCUAGGCCAGUCGGCCCUGACGUCACGCACUUGAGCACUAGCAGGAGACCGGGCCGGAAGUCCUCUGUCCUCGGUUUCAGCUCCGACGAGUCUGACGCUGAAACUCCACUGAAAAGAAAGGGCCUCGAUCACAGCAGUAGGGCAAACCGAACCCCUGGUUUUCCAAAACAGCCGAAGAUUACCUUACCAACUCAUAAUGCGGCUAGCAAGAUUCAGUAUGGCGGUGGUACGAGACUGAACAGUAGUUUUUCCCCCGGUCCAGACGGACAGAGAAGUGUUUCGCUGGGCUGGGGAGUUGGUGCUAGCUCGACCCCUGACUCGAAAGGAAUGCAUUACGACGAAUCGGGGGACGAUGACGAUUGUGAGGAGGAAUCGGAGAAGAAUUCUUGCUCUUUAAAUGGUCGCGGAGCGUCUCGCCUAAACAAUAACAAACUAGCCGGGGAGUACUCGGAUUCAGACGAGGAGGAAGUUAGGGGCAUUGGCACCGGAGACCGAGAGCGAGAUAGGUUAGAGUUUCGACGGGGCCACCGGAUAGUCUCUGCGUUCUCUUCUCACGUCGUCGAACGAAACUCCCAAACCGAAAAGAAAAACCAUGAAGUUUUUCCGCGUGGGGAUAUAAACAUGGUGAAAACCCAAGGUGAGGCUGGAGCGGAAGACGAGUUAAAGAGAAGAGAUUUGGACCCAUCAGGAGGCUCGCGGAGCAACAGGAUUCCCAGGAAGCACAUCUACGUGUCCGUCGCCAAGAACCACGGGGGAAAGGCCGGUGAAAACAACCACGUCGACAGCGAGGACGGAACGUCUAGAAGCAACAGCACUAGUAGGUUCGCUAUUGGGUUGAGACCGCGCUUCUCCAACUACAGCAGCCUGUCCCAGACAUACAGGGACAACCACUCCAAUCACACCCCCGCUCCCAACCACUCAUACAACCAGACAGUGCUGAAGAAAAAGCUAUCUGUCCCGGAGGAUGAGCUUCUCCAGCAGUUCAAAAGGGAAGAGCUAGCCUCCUCUGGUAGCUUUAGUGCCCACUACCUGUCCAUGUUCCUCCUCACGGCAGCCUGCCUGUUCUUUCUGCUGCUAGGCCUCAUGUACCUUAGGAUGAGGGGCACUGGAUCCUCGGAGAUGGAUGGCGCCAUUAAGAGUCACCCCUUUGGAAGUGAGUUUGACGCCUCUUAUGUAAAGGAAGAAAAGGAUGUGAUCCUGAAGCUGCUACUCAAUCUUCAUGACCACUUGGCCUUCAUCGCUGGCCAGCAUGACUGUGGAGAUCAGCAGCAUCCAAACAGGAGUCUGUCCAUUGAUGAGGCCUCUGCGUAUUUAUUGACUCAGAAUAAGGAGUUUAAAGACUUCUUUCAUGUUUCUCUGGAGUGGAUCAUCCGAACAGGACAGGAUCUUGGCAUAAGACUAACCGGGCAGGUAGCUGAUGAUCCAGUGACUGAUGUGUCUGAGAUCUCUCGACUGGAGUCCACACAUCCCAAGAUGCCCUUCCAAUGCCGUUUCCGCCGAGCUUUCCUCACCGUCAUCUGCAGGGUCCUGCUCAUCGCAGUCGUGGUAGGCUGUAUGUGGAGUGUGGUGUACUACAUGAGGUAUCGCUGGAGGAGAGAAGAGGAGGAGACCAGGCACAUGUAUGACAUGGUGGAGAAGAUCAUUGAUGUGUUGAAGACCCAUGGUGAAGCCUGCCAAGAAAACCAGGACAUACAGCCAUACCUGCCAAUUCCCCAUGUCAGAGACUCCUUGGUUCAGCCUCAGGAGCGGAAGAAAAUGAAGAAGAUUUGGGAGCGAGCUGUGAGUUUCCUCUCAGCCAAUGAGUCCAGGAUUCGAACAGAGACUCAGAGGAUUGGUGGAGCGGACUUCCUGGUCUGGAGGUGGCUCCAGCCUUCUCUUAGUCUUGACAAGACCUCCUUGAUGCCCUCCAAAGUCUGGCAGGGAAAAGCUUUCCCUCUGGACCGGAGGAAUUCACCUCCCAACAGUCUCACGCCAUGUCUUAAGAUCAGAAAUAUGUUUGACCCAGUCAUGGAGGUUGGGGAAAACUGGGAUCUAGCUAUUCAUGAGGCAAUCCUGGAGAAGUGCAGUGACAACGAUGGCAUUGUCCAUAUCGCAGUCGACAAGAACUCACGAGAGGGAUGUGUCUAUGUGAAAUGUCUCUCUGCAGAACACUCAGGGAAAGCCUUCAAGGCACUUCAUGGCUCCUGGUUUGAUGGUAAGCUGGUGACGGUGAAAUAUCUGCGUUUAGACCGAUACCACCAACGCUUCCCACAAGCCCAGGGCUGCAGCACGCCUCUGAAGGCCUCCAGCCACCACCUGAACACCACAAGCACCAUGAACACACGUCUGCAGUACUCUGGCUCAGCCAAAUCUUCAGGCUUCUCAUGAGAUGACCAUUGGAUUCAGAAUUAACAUUCUCCGCUGUGCCCUCCCAGCAUUACAGCACCAGUCUGCUGUUGCUUCUUCACUGCUUUAGAGCAGACUUCAGUUUGUGUCACAGGGAAGCUUUUUUUUUGGUUUCUUUUUCAUUUUUCACCACAGGAUAUUUGCAAAAGAAACUGUUCAGCAGUGCAGUGUUUGUUUUAUAUAAUCUUUGUAUUAGAAGUGUCAUAGAUUUAAGAAAGAAGCAGAGUUCUUCUAGACUAUUUAAGAUGUGUGCAGAGACUCCAGUUUUCCCUCCUCUCCCAUUGUAUAUCUGAUGCCAUGAUGGAGUUCAUUUAGGCACUGUAUGGAAAUGGCUGCAUGUAUCAGAACAUCUCUAUGUAAGCUUUCAUUACAACAAUGUGGGUGUCGAAUCCCAGAGGUGUUCAACCUGUUCAUAGGAUUACUCUGAUUAAUAGCAUUUUAGUAAAGGGAGGAUGACAGGAACAGACGUCUGGAGGUUGUGCUGUACAUACAUGUGAACUACAGCACAAGCUGGGUUACGUUUUCUCUACUACAGUAAACCUGAAGUGCACAUUUUACUUGCAGCUCGCUCACCACAGAAAAGUCCACCUGUAGCCACAGACAGACCCUUCCAGAGGGCCUCAAGUCAGCCAGAACACAGCAUCAGUAAGGAUGAUGAUUGGACCAGUGUCUUUGUUCCAUGUAUGAGCCUUUCUCCCCCUUCGACAUUCAUCUUGUGAAAGUGUCCUGCAGUGCUCCCAGAUGUAUGACUGACAGUCCCUUGAAGCUUUCUUCUCCAGAUAUAGUCCAAGUUAUUAUUGUUACUUAUAUUUAUUAUUUACCUCUUUAAAGUUGGGUUGUUUUUACUGUUGACUUGUCCACUCAUUAAUUUCCAAAACCGUUGCGAACAAUGACCUCGUUUUAUCCCUCUGCAAACAUGAGCUACAGACUAGAGGAGCUCAGACUUCAGGAUGAUUCAUGUCCAGCUGACUGUCUGUGCUUCUCUCUCAUGAGACAAAUAUUUCUUGUGGAUGGAACCUGAUGCUGUCACUGCUGAUCUUUGAUCUUGUCAGCCUCAUGUAUGACGCUAACAUUAGUGUGUUAUAACUAGGACUAUGAAGAUGUUUAAAUUCCAAUAUAAAUUCCAAAUAUUCCAGACACAUCAGAGAGGCUGUAAAGAGCUUAAGGAUUCCUGGUUGAGUGAGUCUGUUUUUACAACCUGUGUCUCUUCAUAAAAGACAAACAAGAAGGAGAUGCUAGACAUAUUUUAAUUUAAUGCAGUGAAUUGAAAUUUGGAUUCAGUUAUUGCAGUGUGAAAUUGUACAAAUGGUGCACAUUCCAAAUGUUAAAAGCCUGCUGCAGCAACCUGCAGCCGAUGACCCUCACUGUGCCUUAAAUUUGUGCUUUUUUACUGGCACUGCAUUAUUGGAGAAUGUACUGGAUUUAAGAGAUGUUGAAACAUUUUAAACGGUGACAAAGGCCUAGCUGUAGUUCUGUCAGUUUCUGCAGAUUUGAUAUUUUGUAGCAAUUUCCUUUGAUAUUAAACCAAAAGCUUCUAUUUAUUAUUUUUGUUAAAACCACCAAGGCAUGUACUAUUUCAAUGUUAUGACACCUGCUAUAUGUGUCAACUUUUUUUUUUUCCAUCAGGGAUCAACUUUACAUCCACUUUGAAACAAUUGUCAGGAUGUGUAAAACAACAAAAUAAAGUGAAUAAUCUAGUGGUUGGUGCAUCAAUGUAAUCUAUUUUUGUAUGUCUAACAGAUUGGUGCACCUGCAGUGUCUCAGUUCUCACUGACUAACGGGGCUAAAGGUAAAUGAGUGACAUAACAGCACUUCUCAAAGCUUGUGCUUCACAUUUAAGUGCAUCCUCCUUAAUUCAUUUUACCUUUGUGGGUUUUUUUUAAUGUAAACACUGUACAUUGAUAUAACUGUAAUAUCUUCCAUUAUAUGCUUUAUUUCCCUGACGUUGUAUGGGGGGUGGUAUUGGGGAAGAGUAGGGAUACAGAAGUUUUAAUGUAAUUUGCCAGGUGUACAAAUAGCUCAAAUUAAAGGUUUAUCAGGAGUUUUUA